AUGUCUAAACGCCGCAUCGAAGUGAUGGACCCUUUCAUAAAAAAGAAAAGGGAAGAAAAAGCCGCAGCGGCAGCCAAAUCAGGUGGGAGUGGGGAGUCGUCGGAAUCAUCAGUAGCCACUUUCGGCUCUAGUAUGCCCCCCACGGCGACGAGCACGCCAGGCGUGAACCCAUACACUAGUCUCCCACAUUCCCAACGAUACCACGAACUACUCAGACGCCGACUUGGCCUCCCCGUAUGGGAAUACAAAAGCGAUUUCAUGAGACUCCUAAACACACACCAAUGUGUGGUGCUAGUUGGUGAAACUGGUUCCGGCAAAACCACUCAAAUACCACAGUGGUCUGUGGAGUUCGCAGCAGUCACAGCUGGCAAGUCUAAAGGAGUCGCCUGCACACAGCCCAGGAGAGUGGCGGCCAUGUCAGUCGCCCAGAGAGUCGCUGAAGAAAUGGACGUGGCUUUAGGCCAGCAAGUUGGAUACAGUAUCCGUUUUGAGGACUGUUCUGGACCACAAACCAUCCUUAAAUAUAUGACAGAUGGUAUGUUACUCAGAGAAGCGAUGUCAGAUCCUAUGUUAGAACAAUAUAGAGUUAUAUUGCUCGACGAAGCCCAUGAGAGAACUUUAGCAACAGACAUUUUGAUGGGUGUUCUAAAAGAAGUAAUCAAACAGCGAUCAGAUUUGAAGUUGGUCAUCAUGUCUGCAACGUUAGAUGCCGGCAAGUUUCAGCAGUAUUUUGACAAUGCACCGUUGAUGAAUGUACCUGGUAGGACUCAUCCUGUCGAGAUCUUCUACACUCCACAGCCAGAACGUGAUUAUCUAGAAGCAGCUAUCCGCACUGUCAUCCAAAUUCACAUCUGCGAAGAAGUUGCUGGAGAUAUAUUAUUAUUUUUAACUGGUCAAGAGGAGAUUGAAGAUGCAUGCAAGAGAAUCAAACGUGAAAUUGAUAAUUUGGGACCAGACGCUGGUGAAUUGAAGUGUAUACCAUUGCAUUCGACGUUACCCCCAAAUCUUCAACAGAGGAUCUUCGAACCGGCUCCUCCAAAUAGGCCGAAUGGUGCCAUAGGGCGGAAAGUGGUGGUGUCAACCAAUAUAGCGGAGACUUCCUUAACUAUAGAUGGUGUGGUAUUCGUUAUUGAUCCUGGGUUUGCUAAACAGAAGGUAUACAACCCUCGGAUCCGUGUGGAGUCGCUCUUAGUGUCACCUAUAAGUAAGGCGUCGGCUCAGCAGAGAGCUGGCCGUGCUGGCAGGACCAGGCCAGGAAAGUGCUUCAGGCUGUACACGGAGAAGGCCUACAAGAAUGAAAUGCAAGAUAACACAUACCCGGAGAUAUUAAGAUCAAACUUAGGAUCUGUAGUUUUGCAGUUGAAGAAGCUGGGCAUCGACGAUCUCGUACACUUCGACUUCAUGGACCCGCCCGCGCCCGAGACGCUGAUGCGAGCGCUCGAGCUGCUCAACUACCUGGCCGCGCUCGAUGACGACGGAAACCUGACAGACUUCGGCGCCGUUAUGGCGGAGUUUCCCCUCGACCCCCAACUCGCCAAGAUGCUGAUCGCCAGCUGCAACCACAACUGUUCCAAUGAAAUACUCUCCAUCACUGCCAUGCUUUCAGUGCCGCAGUGCUUCGUGCGGCCCAACGAGGCCCGGGAGGCGGCGGACGAGGCCAAGAUGCGCUUCGCACACAUCGAUGGAGAUCACCUCACGCUACUCAACGUGUACCACGCGUUCAAACAAAAUAUGGAAGACCCCCACUGGUGUUACGACAACUUCAUCAACUACAGAUCUCUCAAGUCGGGUGACAACGUGCGCCAACAGCUCAGCAGGAUAAUGGAUAGGUUUAAUUUAAGACGGACGAGUACAGAGUUCACGAGCAAGGAUUAUUAUAUAAACAUAAGGAAAGCAUUAGUCAAUGGAUUCUUCAUGCAGGUGGCUCACCUGGAGAGGACGGGCCAGUACCUGACGGUGAAGGACAACCAGCCGGUGCAGCUGCACCCCAGCACGUGCCUGGACCACAAGCCCGACUGGGUCAUCUAUAACGAGUUCGUGCUCACCACCAAGAACUACAUACGGACUGUCACUGAUAUCAAACCGGAAUGGCUCCUGAAGAUCGCGCCGCAGUACUACGAGCUGAACAACUUCCCGCAGUGCGAGGCGCGGCGCCAGCUCGAGCUGCUGCAGGCGCGGCUCGACUCCAAGGCCUACCAGGAGGGCUUCUGA